AUGGUCCUGGUCAUGAAACUUCUGUUCCUCACCUGCCUAUGGCCAACAGCAGUGCUACACAGUUCUCACAGUCAGCAUCACCGUCUUCAUCGUCGGCAACAAAUGUCAUUCUCAAGAAAACAUAACAGCAAACGAGAAAUUAAAAUGAGGAAACUUGACAGCACAAAGGUUCGACCAGUUAAAACUGAGCAGCUUCUUCACAUAGAGGACCAUGACUUUGCACUGAGACCUGGAUUUGGAGGGUCACCAAUACCUGUGGGCAUUGAUGUGCAGGUGGAGAGCAUUGACAGCAUAUCUGAAGUUGACAUGGACUUCACAAUGACUUUGUAUCUCAGACACUACUGGAAGGAUGAGAGGCUCUCAUUCCGUAGCAACAAAAACAAAAGUAUGACUUUCGAUGGACGGCUGAUAAAAAAGAUCUGGGUACCUGAUGUGUUUUUUGUGCACUCCAAAAGAUCUUUCAUCCAUGAUACAACUGUGGAAAACAUCAUGCUCAGAGUGUACCCUGAUGGCAACGUCCUCUUCAGUCUGAGAAUAACAGUCUCUGCUAUGUGCUUCAUGGAUUUCAGUAGGUUUCCUCUGGACACACAGAACUGUUCUUUAGAACUGGAAAGCUAUGCAUACAAUGAAGACGAUCUCAUGCUGUACUGGAAGCAUGGCAACAAAUCCCUGAGCACAGAUGAGCACAUCUCCCUCUCCCAGUUCUUCAUUGAGGAAUUCAGUGCUUCCAGUGGACUUGCUUUUUACAGCAGUACUGGUUGGUACAAUCGGCUCUUUAUCAACUUUGCACUCCGCAGACACAUUUUCUUUUUUGUGCUCCAAUCCUAUUUCCCAGCCAUGCUGAUGGUGAUGCUGUCUUGGGUUUCCUUUUGGAUUGAUAGAAGAGCUGUUCCUGCCAGAGUGUCAUUAGGUAUAACUACAGUGCUCACAAUGUCAACCAUCAUGACAGGAGUAAGUGCCUCAAUGCCUCAAGUGUCUUACAUAAAGGCUGUGGAUGUGUAUUUAUGGAUCAGCUUCCUUUUUGUCUUCCUGUCAGUCAUCGAGUAUGCAGCAGUCAACUAUCUCACCACAAUUGAAGAGAGAAAACAACUCAAAAAAAGGGGCAAGGCUUCAGGAAUGUACAGCAUGGAUGCAGUGCAAGCGAUGGCUUUCGAUGGCUGCUUCCACGACACGGAUGUGGACAUGGACCUGACUCCCUUCCCAGAGCCCUGUGAGGAGAAUGAGACCCGGGCAAGUCAAACCAACAUCUCCAAUGCAGACACACCUCGCUUGAAGAGGAAGAGAUCUCUGAAGGGAAACGUGGGCAGGAUUAUUUUACAGAACAAUCAUGUUAUUGACACAUAUUCCAGGAUUAUAUUUCCCAGUGUAUAUAUUGUGUUCAACUUUUUUUACUGGGGUUUGUACAUAUGA